AUGAUUCAAAUAAUUAUUAUUUCAUUCUUUUGCUUUUUCUUUGUUUUGGCUGAAAAUGAGAAGCAAUUAAAAGGUGCAAGAAAUGUUCGUAUUUACAUUCCAAUUAAUGGAUCACAAAUUAUUGAUUUUGGAUUUAAAAUUCGUAAUGCUAUUGCAUUUUUUCCAAAAAAUGAUAAAUUUAAUGAACAAUCAAUGAUGAUUAUUCGAAAUGGACGAUUAGUUCGAGAAGCGAUAAAAUUUUAUGAGGGACGAGUGUAUUACUCACGUGGCAAAUUUCGCAUUCGAAAUUUUCAAGAGCGUGAUUCAACGGUGCUACUUUUUGAAGGACCCAAUGGUGCACCACAAAAGUAUUCCAUUGAAGUUAAAAAAGAUUAA